AUGUCUUCGUUCGAUGAUAAUAUGGUCGUAAUCCCCAUGACUGCUGCUAGUGAUGGGGAUAUGAGUACUUGGCCUGACAGCCCAUACACUGAACGAGACGACUACAGCUGGCGUCUGAAUCUUGCAGAGAAUUGGCUCAAAGAUGCGGGCACUUAUGAAGAAGGCGUGACUCAUAUUAUUGAGAAGUUGCCAGACGGAUACUGCCUGUUCGAGCGGCCUCGUGUUGGCGGCCGCCUCGUGAAGGAUUGUUUUUUAUUCGGGCAUCCGAGUGGAAAGUAUUUUAGGACACGUAUUGCCUUCUUGCCCCAUUUUCUCGCCUUAGUCAAGGGAACACUUGACAGCUGCCCGUGCAAGCCGUGUGCCACUUACCGGAAAAUGAAAGAAAAGGGCUCAGCUGUGAGGCCAGUGGCAAGGACCGGUGUGCCGCCACCAUCCGACAAUACGCGCCAACCCACCGACGCCGAAGGCCCAGAUUACUGGCGAACGUAUGUCAUGAAAUUGCUAGACAAUGGCGAGAUUGAUGAAGCUGUUGAGCAACCGCUCAAUUUCGACUGGGUUCUGACUCACGAAUGGAUUACUGAUUACUGUGUGAAACUGAUCUUUGAUCCUGCUUACGUCCCGCGACGUGGUGAGCUUGUUCUCUGGAUCUGGGACGGUCUCGAAGACGGUAGUCUAACGCUCAAUCCCGCGACUGGGCGUUAUGAAAUCCUUGGCAAUGACGACCUUUGGCGUGGUGUGCCUUAUUGGCGUGCAGGUGUAGUGACCCAAACGCCUGAAAAUGACACGCACACGUGGGACAUUGUGGAAACACCCGACCACCCACGCGGUCUGAGUUACUCUGGGUUCCGUGUGGAGACUCUACCAGACCCUCUGGGCACUGACAAGUCAUAUUCGAAGCACUACACUUACGUUCCGCUGCGGAAUAUCAGGCCUUUCAACGCCUGGCAAAUCUUUCUCAAGGACCAGGACCGGGACAAGGCGCACCCAUCUAUUGAAAACGCCAUGACCGUGAUGUCCUCCUGGAGCGUGGUGAGCAAAUAUCACAUAGUCGGCAAAGACCGAAAUUGCAGUAUCCACUGCCAGGGCAUCUUCAUCGGUAGCGAACUCCUCGUCGUCGGGGACACCAUACGUCUGAAACCAGAGGGCUUCCAACACUCCGAUCUCAAAUCCGGAAAAAUCCCCAAGAUAACCGACGUAAUGGUUAUCACAAAGAUCUCCUUGCGACUGAUAGAAUGCAUCGACGACGACCCAGAGCAGCUAGCCAAGCACUACGCAGUUCUUCUCUCCGGCCUGGUGUAUACCAACGACCCAUCACGCGUCCGCAAGUCCCGCACAUUCCCCGACCCAACAGGCGACGACAACCCUAAACCCCUCACCCCCAACCAGGCAAUCACCGCCUUCCGCCAGGUCAGCAUCUGCGAUUACGGCCCCUGGUACAAGAUGGCCAACGGCCGCAAUUGCAACGUCACCCCGCAGGUCGUCAUCGGCCGUUGCUACGAGCCUCUCGCCGCAGAACUGCUGUUCGGCGCGCACGGUCUAGACUACGAUCUCUCCGGCGUCAUGGAGGGCCGCAACUUCUCCGCGCAGGUCGACGCUCGCAUCCCAGAAGGCAAUACAUGGUUCUGGGGCGAUUGUCGUGUCGAAACACUGGGUGUGACGGAGCUCUGCGGUAUCGAGUGCGGGCGUACAGCUCCGCAGCGCGAUGACCCGAAAAAAUGGCAGGCUAUCAUGAGGAUGGCACGCGGCGAGUCUAGCGCUGCGCUCCGUCGUCAGGCUCAGAUUCCUGCGUCCGAGCCUCCCGCGAGGGCUGCUUCUUCGUCCUCUGUCUCGAAGGGAAAGUCGAAGGGUGGGUUUGCCCAGGUUUCUCAGACCAGUAAAAUGGUUGGCGUUGGUCUUGGUGGUGAGACUGAGGAAAAUGAUGAUGACUAUUACGAUGAUGACAGUGACAUGACCGAUGAGGAGUCUGCUGAUAUUCCGGGUCCGCCUCCUUCGGCCGGCCAUGAUGUCGCGACUGAGAGCGACAGCAUGGACGAUCUUGCAUAG